GAACUGCGGUGGGAGUUCUGUCAAGGAAGAUGCAUCCUCUGACCAAGUUGAUGGCCGUCUUGAAACCUCCAAACCUGGCUCCUCAUGAAGAGAGUGAGGUCCUGAGAGCAGAUGUGUCUUGGCAGCAGGAACCCAUCCUGGUGAUGGAGACAGAUGACUCUGAGGCCUCUCGUCAGAAGUUCAGACAUUUCCGGUGUUUGGAAGUAUCUGGGCCUUACGAAGCCCUGAGCCAACUCUGGGAGCUCUGCCUUCGUUGGCUGAGACCAGAGAUUCAUACAAAGAAGCAGAUGGAGCUCUUGGUGCUGGAGCAGUUCCUGACAGUUCUCCCUGAAGAAGUCAGGACUUGGGUGAAUUUACAGCAUCCGAAGAACAGCAGAGAAGUGGUGAGCCUCAUAGGGGACGUGAUUGAUCUGCUAAAGGAUGAAGGGCGAAGCUGCACGGAGCCUGUUCUCCCCCCGAAGGGGAGCAUCGCGCAAGAGGCGCUGGAAGCCGACUUGCCAGCAGGCAGAGGCCAGGAACCGGUGGCGUUCAAGGAGGUGGUUGUGGAGUUCAGCGAGGAGGAGUGGGAGCAGCUGGGCCCCGCGGGGAGGACGCUGUGCAGGGACGUGAUGCUGGAGACCUACAGGAACCUGAGCUCAUUGCGUAAAGAGCGUCUUCUCUCCAAGCCAGCUGAGAUCUCCGAGUUGCAAAGUCAGACAACAGCCUGCAUGAUGGAGCCAGAAGUCCCAAGGACAGCUGUUUUGGAUAGAGAAACAAUUUCAGAAAAUCAAGAUUUAGUUCCAAAGCAGAGAAUUUCUAGAGAAGAAUCACACUGCAGAGUGAUUAAGACAAGACCAACCGAAAGCGGGCACCCUUCUUUAGAGGCCUGGAAAAGUGAUGAUGGGUCAUAUAGGAACUGGGAACGCUGGACUAGAAAUUCGUCACAAGAAGCUCUCAUCCCUGAGGUGGUCGGCACUGAGAAAGGAGACUUUGAAUAUAGUGAAAAUAAGGAAAGUUUUGAUGUUAACUCCAUUAUUGAUACACAACAGGGAAUUCCUAUGAAAAAGGAUUCCCCAAAGUGUGAUCAGCUUAAAACUAACAUAUUUAAUUUAGACUCAGUAGGUGAGCAACAGUCAGAAUAUAAGGAAUGCGGGAAUGCCUUGAGUCUGAGUACAGAUACUCGACACCCAAAGAGUCAUGCCACAGGGAAUUCCUAUGAGUGUUACCAAUGUGGGAAAUCCUUCAGCCGCAGUUCAUCUCUUGUUCGACAUCAGAUCAUUCACACAGGAGAGAAGCCCUAUAAAUGCAGUGAAUGUGGAAAAUUCUUUAAUCGACGUACAAACCUUACUAAGCAUCAAAAAAUUCACACUGAAGCAGAGGCCUACAGAGACAAUACACGUGGGAAAGCCUUCUGUAAGCGUGAAGACAGUAGUAAAACUCCGGGACUCCGUUCUGCCGAUAAUCUCUAUGAAUGUGUUAAUUGUGGAAAAUCCUUCACCCGGAGCUCCUCGCUUAUUCGACAUCAAAUGAUUCAUACAGGAGAGAAACCAUUCAAAUGUAAGGAGUGCAAGAAAACCUUCACAAGGCGUUCCAACCUUAUUAAACACCAAAAACUUCACACUUGAGAGAAGCCCUGUGACAGGAAGGAUGUGGGAUUACCUUCAGUCAGAGUGAAGAACUCAUUCAACGUCCAUGAAUUUAUGCUGCAAGGAAUCCUGUGA